AAAGGAAAAACACACACCGUACGUGAGGUGCAAGUGAACUGAUGAGUGACUUCAUGUAUCACCGGCGUCCAGACUGAAGCGCACUCAGACAGGCAGAGAGAGAGAGACACUGAUCAGUCCCUGAUCGAGCUGAGCGGGUCAUUUGAUGCCGUUUCCUCCUCUCUGGAUGCUGACUGCCGGCCGGAUGACUUUCCAAGCAGCGCGUCUGUUCAGCCCUUAGAAUAAACCAUCCCUCCUCCUUGCGUCUGCUUCACUGACGGACAGGUGUUGGCCGGAUGCUGCGCUCAAACCCCUGCACAACCCAUGAAUGAGUCUCCUGCUGUUUCAAGAAUGAUGUGAAGAUCACUUCAGACAAGGCCACUUCUCAGCUCAUUUUUCCUCUGUGCAAUCAAACCGUCGGUACGCAACCCCAUUCAUCUGAGCUUGGUAUUCAGUGGAGCCCUGUGGGGAUGGGGACAUGCUCAGAUAAAGGAUGGACUUACUACAGCCUCAGAAAAGGUCACCGCCCUCCAAAGGUUAUGUCGUGGCCCCUGGCCCUGUGUCUAUUGACUCUAGUAUUUUUGAAUCAAAAGAACACCGUUGGACAGACAAUGAACACCUUCCAGUCAGAGAGGAGGGAAUGGCCAUUGAACCAUCUGACGGUGCAUCAGUCCACUGGGACUCUGUACAUCGGAGCGGUCAACCGGAUCUACAAAAUGUCUGCCAAUCUCACCCUUUUGGUAUCCCAUGACACUGGUCCAGAGUACGAUAACAAAGCAUGUUAUCCUCCCUUGAUAGUUCAACCCUGUUCUGAGCCUUUGGCCUCGACGGACAACGUCAACAAACUGCUGCUCAUUGACUACUCCCACAAUCGGCUGCUGGCCUGUGGCAGUCUUUAUCAGGGCAUCUGUAAGCUGAUGAGGCUAGAUGACUUAUUCAUCCUAGUAGAGCCCACUCAUAAGAAAGAACACUAUCUGUCCAGUGACAACCAAACAGGAACAAUGUACGGGGUCAUCGUUCCCUCUCAGGGACAGGAUGCCACUCUGUACAUUGGCACUGCUGUUGGCGGCAAACAGGAUUACUUUCCAACUAUCUCCAGCCGUAAGCUGCCCCGUGACCCAGAGUCCUCUGCCAUGCUCGACUACGAGCUUCACACUGAUUUUGUUUCAUCUCUUAUCAAAAUCCCUUCUGACACGCUAGCUCUUGUUCCACAUUUUGACAUCUACUACAUCUAUGGUUUCUCCAGUGGAGCCUUUGUGUAUUUCAUGACUGUCCAGCCAGAGACGCCAGAGAACGGGAUGCCUGCUGGCGGCUCCCCUGGUGACCUAUUUUACACGUCUCGCAUCAUCCGGCUCUGUAAAGGUGACAAAAAGUUCCAUUCGUACGUUUCUCUUCCGGUGGGCUGCGUACAUAGAGGUGAGGAGUACCGUCUGCUGCAGGCGGCUUACCUCUCUAAGGCCGGCAGGGUGCUGGCUAAGUCGCUCAACAUCAGUGCUCAGGAGGAUGUCCUCUUUGCCGUGUUCUCCAAAGGACAAAAGCAGUAUCAUGACCCUUCAGAUCACUCAGCUCUUUGCAUUUUCACCAUCCAAGCCAUCAACAUGCGAAUUAGGGAGCGACUACAGUCCUGCUACCAGGGAGAGGGAAACCUGGAGCUCCACUGGCUGCUAGGAAAAGACGUACAGUGCACAAAGGCUCCGGUUCCUAUCGACGAUCACUUCUGUGGCCUGGAUAUUAACCAACCCCUGGGUGGCUCCCAGCUAGUGUCCGGUCGGACGGUGUUUACAGAGCGGAGGGACCGGCUUACCUCUGUCACUUCCUAUCUGUACAAUGGACACAACGUGGUCUUUCUGGGAACAAGGAGUGGACGUCUAAAAAAGAUCAGGGUGGAUGGAGCUCAGGAAGGAGGAAUGCUGUAUGAGACGCUGACUGUGAUGAAGGACAGCAGCCCAAUCCUCCGGGACAUGGCUUUCUCCCUGGACAGGAACUCACUAUAUGUCAUGUCUGACUAUCAGGUGGUCCAGGUCCCAGUGGAGUCCUGUGAACAGUAUGGUACAUGUGUUGAGUGCCUCAGCGCUGGUGAUCCCCACUGUGGCUGGUGUGUGCUGUACAACAUGUGUUCAAGGAAAGAUCGGUGUCUGAGGGCAGAAGAAAGCUAUCGCUUCGCAACUGACAUUGACCGCUGUGUGAAGGUUAUUGCUCACCCGGACAGUAUCGCUGUAUCAGCACACAGUGUCCCACUCUUGCUGGAGGUGAAUAAUGUUCCAGAUCUUUCUGCGGGAAUCACCUGUUCAUUUGGCCAGCAGGCCCAAGCAGAGGGCCACGUAAAUGGGAAUAGAGUCAUGUGUCUCUCCCCAGCCGCAAAGGAAGUUCCCCAGAUACCGGAGGGACGAGACUGGGCUGGUGUGGAGCUUCGUCUGAAUUCCAACGAGACGGGUCAAAUGGUCGCCAGCACGGAGGUGAAGUUCUACAACUGCAGCACGCAUCAAAUGUGUCUUUCAUGUGUAAAGAGCACAUUUCGUUGCCACUGGUGUAAAUACCGCAACCUCUGUACUCAUGACCCAAGCAGCUGUUCUUUCCAGGAGGGAAGAGUCAACGCUUCAGAGGACUGUCCUCAGCUCCUUGCCUCUGGGGAAAUUCUCAUUCCGGCCGGUGAGGUUCGACCAAUCACCCUGAAGGCCCGAAACCUCCCUCAGCCGCAAUCAGGCCAGCGGGGCUAUGAGUGCGUGGUGAACGUACAGGGUGUCAGAUACCAUGUCACGGCACUGCGCUUCAACAGCACAAGUGUGCAGUGCCAGAACAGCUCGUACAUGUACGAGGGUGUGAAGAUCAGUGACCUGGCAGUGGAUCUCUCCAUCGUAUGGAACGGCAACUUCAUCAUAGACAAUCCAGAGAAGAUUAAAGUGCAUCUAUAUAAGUGCAGUGCUCAGAGAGACAGCUGCGGCAUGUGCCUACGGGCUGAAAGGAAGUUCCAGUGUGGCUGGUGCAGCGGCGAGGGUCGAUGCACCAUGAAGCAGCAUUGUCCUCCCAUCUCCCCUUACGCCAGCCGUUGGCUGGACCUGUCUGCCAGGAAUGUCAAGUGCACGAACCCGCGCAUUACAGAGGUAAGCCCAGUGGCAGGACCUCUGGAGGGGGGGACUCUUGUCACUAUUCAGGGCCUGAACCUGGGUCUGUCCUUCUCUGAGCUUGUGGGUAACGUGGAGGUGGCAGGAGUGGAGUGCACUCCACAGCAGGAGGGAUACAUCACUGCUGAGCAGAUUGUGUGUGAGAUGGAUGCAGCUCCUGAAGGAAGCGCUCCAGGCCCUGUUAAGCUGUGUGUCGGUGAAUGUAGACCAGAGCUAAGCGCACAGUCCUCCCAGAUCUACACCUUUGUGAUACCGGCCAUCUUGGCUCUGACCCCAGCAAGAGGACCUGAGUCUGGGGGCACAAAGGUUACCAUCGUCGGGGAGAACUUGAACGCUGGCAGCACCGUUAAUGUCUACUUUGGGAAUCAAACCUGUGAGCUGUACAGGAGGAGCAUGUCAGAGAUUGUGUGCUUUGCAGCUCCAUCGCUGAUGGGAGCAGGACCAGUGCAAGUCAGUCUGAGUGUCGACCGGGCCAAAGCUCCUGGAAGGCUGACCUUUGAGUACAUAGAAGACCCCACAGUCCAGAGCAUUGAACCCCUAUGGAGCAUUGCGAGCGGGCACACCACCCUGACAAUAACUGGGACAAACCUGGAUGUGGUUCAGGAACCUCGGGUUCGAGUCAAAUAUGCUGGCCACGAAUCUGUCAAUGUGUGUAAAGUUUUGAACACAACAACCAUCAGCUGCUUUGCCCCUUCUCUGAAGGCGGAUUACCAUGCCGACCAGGAAACCAUAAAACACGUGGAUGAGUUUGGCUUUGUCUUCAAUAACGUUCAGGCUCUGCUCACCUACAACAGCACAGGCUUUGUCUACUACCCCAACCCAUACCUGGAGCCGUUAAGCCUCUCAGGUGUUCUGGAGCAGAAACCUGGAGCUCCCAUCAUUCUCAAAGGUCGUAACUUGGUGCCAUCUGCCUCUGGUGGAGCCAGACUGAAUUACACUGUGCUGAUCGGAGAUACUCCCUGUUCUCUCACUGUGUCAGACACUCAGUUGCUCUGCGAGCCACCAAACCUCACCGGGCAGCAUAAAGUCCUGGUGCAAGUAGGUGGAUUGCACAUCUCUCCUGGAGAGGUGCACAUCCGAUCAGACAGCUUGCUCACCAUGCCCGCUAUUCUAAGCAUCGCAGCUGGUGGAGGGUUGCUCCUCGUCAUUGUCGUCAUCGUCCUGCUCGCCUACAGACGAAAGUCGCAUGAGAAUGACCUCACUCUGAAGCGCCUACAGAUGCAAAUGGACAAUUUGGAAUCAAGAGUAGCUCUUGAGUGUAAAGAGGCGUUUGCUGAGCUGCAGACGGACAUCAAUGAGCUAACCAGUGAUCUUGAUAGAGCUGGCAUCCCCUUCCUGGACUAUCGCACUUAUGCAAUGAGGGUUCUCUUCCCAGGGAUCGAUGAUCAUCCUGUGCUGAGGGAGCUGGAGGUUCCUGGGACUGGACAGGCCAGCGUGGAGAAAGCCUUGAAGCAGUUUGCUCAGCUGGUGAAUAACAAAGUUUUCCUGCUGACUUUCAUCCGCACACUGGAGACGCAGCGUUCCUUCUCCAUGCGUGACCGGGGCUACGUAGCUUCGCUCAUCAUGACCGCCUUGCAAGGACGAUUGGAGUAUGCAACAGACAUCCUUAAGCACCUGCUCUCUGACCUUAUAGAGCGCAACCUUGAGAGCAAGAACCACCCCAAACUGCUCCUCAGGAGAACAGAGUCGGUGGCAGAGAAGAUGCUGACAAAUUGGUUUGCCUUCUUGCUUCACAAAUUUCUCAAGGAGUGCGCUGGCGAACCCCUGUUCAUGCUGUUCUGUGCCAUCAAACAGCAAAUGGAGAAGGGACCCAUAGACUCCAUCACAGGGGAGGCAAGAUAUUCCCUCAGUGAAGACAAACUCAUCCGGCAGCAGAUUGAAUACAAGACUCUGACUCUAAGCUGUGUGAAUCCUGACAAUGAGAACAGCCCAGAGAUCCCAGUAAAGGUGCUCAACUGUGACACCAUUACCCAGGUGAAGGAAAAGAUUCUGGAUGCUGUUUACAAAAACGUGCCAUACUCUACACGACCAAGAGCGUCAGACAUGGACCUAGAGUGGCGGCAGGGCAGAACAGCUCGUGUGGUUCUACAGGACGAGGACAUCACAACAAAGAUAGAAGGAGACUGGAAGAGACUCAACACACUCAUGCACUACCAGGUAUCUGAUCGCUGUGUGGUGGCCUUGGUGCCCAAACAGAUGUCCUCUUUCAUCAUUCCCUCCUCAGCCAGCUUCCCACGCAGUAUCAGCAGAUAUGGUAUGGAUGUCCCUUUCCGCUCCACCCCCACCAGUCCUGACAGCCCUCACUCCCGUGUGCCUAUGAUCACUCCUGAUCUGGAGAGCGGUGUCAAGGUUUGGCAUUUAGUCAAGAACCAUGAUCACGGUGACCAGAAAGAGGGAGAGCGCGGAAGCAAGAUGGUGUCUGAAAUCUACCUGACGAGGCUGCUGGCAACAAAGGGUACAUUACAGAAGUUUGUGGACGACUUGUUUGAGACUUUGUUCAGCACCGUGUGUCGAGGUACCGCCCUUCCUCUGGCCAUCAAAUACAUGUUUGACUUCCUUGAUGAGCAGGCCGACACACAUGGCAUCCAUGAUAUGGACGUUCGCCACACGUGGAAAAGCAACUGCCUCCCGCUGCGGUUCUGGGUAAAUGUAAUCAAGAAUCCCCAGUUUGUGUUUGACAUCCAUAAAAGCAGCAUCACAGACGCCUGCCUGUCAGUGGUGGCGCAGACCUUUAUGGACUCUUGUUCAACAUCUGAACACCGCUUGGGAAAAGACUCGCCCUCCACCAAACUGCUCUAUGCCAAGGACAUCCCGCACUACAAAAGCUGGGUGGAAAGGUACUACGCAGACAUCAACCGCCUACCUGCCAUCAGUGAUCAGGAUAUGAAUGCCUAUCUGGCUGAACAGGCUCGCCUCCACUCCAGUGAGUUCAACGUGCUCAGUGCCCUGCAUGAGAUCUACGCUUACGUCAGCAAGUACAGCCAAGAGAUCAUCGAGGCACUGGAGCAAGACGAACAAGCCCAAAAGCAAAAGCUGGCAUAUAAAAUGGAGCAGAUCAUCUUUGCCAUGUCCCAAGAGAGCUGAGAUAUACACACAAGAAUAUAAACAAUUCCCAAGAUGAAUGAACAUUUCCUAUGUCCACCCUGGGACGUAAUAUCACCACACAUUAAAGCAUGAUGGAGGAGUUUUAAACAUACAUGCUUUUCAGAUGUGGACAUCAUCCCUCUCAUAUGCGCAUGUGUGGUCAUAAUCACAUGCACUGAUCCGGUAUACACUGAGAAACUGUGGAUUUAUCUUAUUGACUGUGUGUACACACACAUACAUACCCAUAAAUAUAAAUGUACAUACACAAACCACAGCACACAUCCCACAGCAGAGCACCCCAAAGCAAAGACUUUUAAAACCAGUGUCACUUUUUUUUUUCCUUUUUCGAAGAAACUCCAGCAAGAAAACAUUCAACUUCUAAAACACUCAAGCGAAGAGAAAAAGGAUUUAGGCCAUCAUCAGUUGCAGAAUUCUACUGCCAAUUCUUAUCCACUGGGAAAAUGAUUCGUCUUUGUAGUUGGUGCUUAUACCAAAUGUGUGCGAGGCACCAGCGUGAGCUCUGAAGAGAACAGUUCUUAAUAAGAGAAUGACUCAACGCUAAAGCCAGACGAGGAGCUCAGCGAAGACAGGAGCCAAUUUAAUGGGACGGCACAUCUGUUGAGACGUGACUUAAAGUACGUUUUAUACGUCUGAGCUGAAGGACAGUUUUUCAUGUGACUGACUUGGAGUGACGUUGCUAUUUGUAGCCAUUCUGAGCAGAGAUGUGUAACUUUGUGUUGUUAAGCCUUUGCUAUUGGCUUUUAAAAGCCGCGCAGUGUUAUGCUUCACUCAGAGAUGAUUGUUUGAACUUCUAGACUCUGAAAGCAGUAAAAUCUCUCACUGGCAAGGUGAGCGAGAUCAAGCUAUUUAAUAAUUUGAAUCAAAGAAAUCUUAAUCCUCUGAUUUUUAAUAUAUAUGGAGAUAUUUUGGGCCCACUUUCUCUCUUUUAGUACCAAAUAUAAUGCGUCUCGUGAUGCAUUCAGGUUAAAUGUUCCUGUCUGGGAUAUUAAUAAAACAUGACAUCGUACAGAAGAGAUCUCAUUUGAGAUAGGACAUUUUUUACGGUGAUCUAUAGAGCACUAAUUCGGCCAUUCAAAGAUAAGUAGAGGCUGAAUUGAACUGUUGCAGAAAGCAUGAUUAAUGAUGUUUUAAGUGUGAUCGUGGAUCUGAUUAGCCUAACUCUGUCCUGAACCCCCGAGCCCCCACCCCACCCCUCAGUUAUUGUUUACAUGAAGCGUUAUACUUGAAAUGCACCCGGUGUACAGGAUAUUAAGAACACCUGCAGCUCAUGUCAAGUAACCUCAGCAGAUUAAGUUAGAUAAAGGCCUUGAUGCUUUAUUGAUUUCUUCCAAUAUGGUGUCUAACUUACGCUUGGUGUGGAGAUGAAAACGUGGGUAAAAUGCUGAUAAGGAUUUUCGAGAGACGAGCUGUAGAUUUGUUGUAAAGCAGGUGUACUUAUAUUUUGUAAACAGAGUGAAUAUUUAAUUAAUGAAGUCUGUGUUUGGAUCAGCUUUUGAUCCUUCUAAUGUUUGUUUGUUGCUUCCCAUUUGUUUUCAUGUUUCAGCCCACAGUUCUGUGAAAAGGUACCAGCCUCUUACAUAGUAAUGCUGUUCUGCUUUUACCUAAAUGUUUUUUAAACCAAAAAUUAUAUAAAAAAAAAAAGAUCGAAGUUCUAUAUUCUCAUCCAUUACAAAAAGGCAGUUUUCUUAUAAUUGUUUCAUUUGUAAAGAGGGGAAAAGCUGAGCUCUGUAAAAAUACGUAAUUAUGAAUGAUCUGCUUUUUUGUUGAUUUUAACUCGCCACACUCAGACUUUCCUGACCCUUGGAACUAUUUAGUCAUUUAAUCAGCAUAUUUAUGGCAACCUAAGGUAGAAUAAAAGAUCU